GCCCCGCUCUGACCAUGAUGUUCCCCGGCCUCCUCGCGCCCCCCGCGGGGUAUCCCAGCCUCCUGCGACCCACGCCCACCUUAACACUGCCCCAGUCCCUUCAGUCCGCAUUUUCCGGUCACUCUAGUUUCCUGGUGGAAGAUUUGAUCCGCAUCAGCCGGCCGCCCGCCUACCUGCCCCGCAGCGUACCCCCCGCCAGCUUGUCACCCCCCAGGCAGGAGGCCCCCACAGUCCUCGCCGACUCUGGGACCUCGGACCUCGGCUCUCCGGGGUCCGGGAGCCGGCGUGGCAGCUCUCCACAGAACGCCCUCUCCCCCGCCAGCGAGCCCACGUUUCUCAAGUUUGGGGUGAAUGCCAUCCUCGCAUCGGCGCCCAGAAGAGAAACGUCGCCGGCUUUGCUGCAGAGUCCCCCUCCCAAGACGUUCGCCUUUCCUUACUUCGAAGGCUCCUUCCAACCCUUCAUUAGAUCCUCCUAUUUCCCAGCGUCCUCCAGUGUGGUGCCGAUCCCAGGGACCUUCUCCUGGCCGCUGGCCGCUCGCGGCAAGCCUCGCCGGGGCAUGCUACGCAGAGCUGUGUUCUCUGAUGUGCAGCGGAAAGCCUUAGAGAAGACGUUUCAGAAGCAGAAAUAUAUCAGUAAGCCUGACCGGAAGAAGCUGGCCGCCAAGCUGGGCUUGAAGGACUCGCAGGUGAAAAUCUGGUUCCAGAAUCGACGCAUGAAGUGGCGGAACUCCAAGGAGCGCGAGCUCCUGUCUAGCGGGGGCUGCCGAGAGCAGACCCUUCCCACAAAACUAAACCCUCACCCAGACCUUAGCGACGUGGGCCAGAAAGUCCCUGGGGACGAGGAAGAAGACAGUCCGGGUCCCUGCCUGGCCUACCAUGCUCCUCCUGACCCUCGACACCUGCUGGAAGGACCCGUGCCUGCCUCUCCUGCACAUUCCAGCAGCCCGGGGAAACCCUCGGACUUCUCUGAUUCCGAUGAGGAUGAGGAGGGCGCAGAGGACGAGGAAAUCACUGUGUCCUAGGAGCCCGUCUGGCCCCCAGCUCUCGGCUCCCCACUCCCAGACUGUUGCAAUUUUAAACUUGGAGGAGGAGCGCACGUUCAGUGGCUACCUCUGUGCGGGAGCCUGGACGCCGGCUGCCUCUUCUCACACAGACACACCACCUUCUCAGGGGUGCCACAGUUCCCUCUGUUGUCCCAAAGAGACGUUUCCUUACUCCAUGCUGCCACCUCCAAACAGUCUUAACUUUCCCGCAAGGGCCACGGUCCAUCUAUUUAUUGCAAACUAUUUUAGACAUGGUGUGAGGGGUGUUUGUGUAGAAGGGUGUCUCUAGUCUCACCGCCUGGGCUUACUGUGAGCAAAGUCCUGUCAAACACCAAGCCUUUGGCCCCUAACUUCUCGGUCACCUUCCAGCGGUCAGUCAUUCUGUCUUCUCAUCAUAAGAGUAGAGAGCACAAGAAAUUCCAAUAGAGAAUGAAGGCACAGCUGUGCCUUCCCACCUAAGAGGAGACAGCUUCUCAUUUCCUGACGCCCCUCGGAGAGGAAGUGGUUUCUCUAUGUAGAGGAGAGUGUGUGUCUAUUUCUAUUCUGUCCUGAAACAUUCAGCUUUCCCUACCUGCAGAACACCUGUGCCCAGAACUCUGGGUGUCCUUUUGUCCCUGGGUGUGGACUUGUCUGCCUCUUUGACAGUUUCUCCCACACAGCGUUGCUGUCUGCCCAGCUUUUAGGAGCCGUGCUCUACUGUGUAUAUAUAUUUUGUAUGGAUAUUUUAUACUGACGUUAUUGUGAAUGGCCACAAUGAGGGGCUGGCUGCAUCUAUUAUUUUCCUCCACAAUGGUCUUUAAAGUUUAAAAGACAGCCGUGUAACUUCAUAACU